UCUGGGGGUCCGCCAUGUUGCUUCCGGUUAUCGCUGAGGUUGGUACCCGGUCUUUUGGCCCUACGUUCUUCUGGUAAAAGCCACACAGAAGCUGACGCCCGGCACCAAGCUGUGAUUGCACGAUCCUCUCAUGUCUGAAAGCCUUAGGACAAUGGACACAUCCGAGGGGUUGGUGUCAUUUGAGGAUGUCUCUGUGGACUUCACCUGGGAGGAGUGGCAGGACCUGGAUGAUGCUCAGAGGAAGCUCUACAGGGACGUGAUGCUGGAGACCUACAGCAGCCUGCUGUCCUUGAUUCUUUCCUAUUACUAGAUCGGUGUGAUCCCAAACCUGAGUUGAUCCUGAAGUUGGAACAAGAAGCUGGGCCAUGGAAGGAAGAUGUCCCAAACCAGAGCCUCCCAGAUCUGCAGCAUGUGAAUGGCCCGAAUGAGAUCAGCCAGGAUAGUCAAAAGAUGCGUGGAUGCAAUCUGGUAAUUGCCAAGAGCAGCACAUCAGCUGAGCAGAGGGCUGAAGCAGGAAAACCAUUUGCUAGCCCAAGCUGUAUUUUGAGGCUGGCUGUAAAGAAUGACGUGUCUUCUGGAACGAAACCUGGGGCACGUAAUAUGUGGGCUAAUGUGCUUCUCCCUAGUGAGCCCAGUGAGGUGCAGGCGGUAAAGGAACUUGGUUUUCCAAUUGUGACCAGGGUGUCCCCCAGACUUCCUGAGCCUCUCAGUCUGUAUCACAGUACUAAAUGUGAAGAACAGCACUUGCAGUGUCGUGAGCACAGUGACGCUUUCCACACGAAGACAGUGUGGCUACAGGACACAUUUCCUAUCAGAGACCCCUCCAGUAAAUUGAGGAACUACAGGAAAGGAUUAGAAAAGUUAACUCUUCCUGGUCUAGGAGGGACCCAGGUACAGGAGCAAACUUUUGAAUGUAAAGUGUGUGGGAAAUUGUUCUAUAGAAAUUCUCAUCUCACACAGCACUUAAAAACCCACAAAGAAAAGAAAUAUUAUAAAGGCAAUGAUUGUGGGCCAAUAUUCAAUAUACAAUCAAACCUCCCAAAACAUCAGCAUUCGCAUGUGGAAGAAGAGCCUUACACAUGUGAUGAAGAUGAGAAAUACAUUUGUCAGAAAUCAAAAAAGAGUGUGCAGCAGAGCAUCUUAGGGGAUGGAAGGAAUGUGUACGGGAAAAUUGUUGGCUCAAAAUUAAAUCGCAGUGUUCAACAGAACCCUCACAAGGCUGAGAAAUCCCAUGAAUACAGUCUAUCUGGAAAGACAAUUAGUAAGUCGAACCUCCAGCUUGAGCUGGCACACAGAUACGAGAAAGCAUAUGAGUGUAAUACUUGUGGGAAAUCCUUUAACCACACACCAGGUUUCUACUUGCAUUCGGGAGCUCACACAGCUGAGAAACCCUACGAGUGUAAAGACUGUCAGCAGUCAAAACUCACUGUGAACCAGCAAACCCUCACGCAGGAAAAACGCUACGUGUGUAAUGUGUGUGGAAAAGCCUUUUACAAAAGAGCCCACUUACAUGCACAUCAGAGAACUCACACAGGUGAGAAGCCUUAUGACUGUAAAGAUUGUGGGAAGUCUUUCAGGCUGAAGUCAUUUCUGGUUGUACAUCAGAGAAUUCACACAGGUGAAAAACCCUUUGCAUGUACCACGUGUGGGAAAAGUUUCAAGCAGAGGACAAGUCUCUACACGCACAUACGAAUUCACACGGGUGAGAAACCCUAUGAAUGUAAAGAAUGUAGGAAAUCUUUUAUUCUCAAGUCAUACCUCACCGUACAUCAGAGAACUCAUUCGGGUGAGAAACCCUAUGAGUGUGAUGUAUGUGGAAAAUGCUUUAAGCAAAAUUCCCACCUUCAUGCACAUAAGAGAACUCACACAAAUGAGAAACCCUAUGAGUGUAUAGUGUGUGGCAAAAGUUACAAGCAGAGCCCAAGCCUCUAUACACAUAAGAAAAUCCAUACAAGCGAGAAGCCCUAUGAAUGUAAACAGUGUAGGAAGUCAUUUAGUUUGAAGUUUCAUCUCACCAGACAUCAGAGGACGCACUCGGGUGAGAAUCACUACCAGUGAGAUGUGUGUGGUGAGCCUUUAAGUCGAGUUCACACCUGUGUGCAUCAGAGCUCACCCGGAGAGAUCCUAUGAAGAUGCAGAACAGCUCCACAGGAGCUUUCCUGCGGAGAAACUCCACCCGUGUUCCGUAUGUGGAAAGGCCUGCCCGGUGUCAAGCUGGUACACAGGUCAGAGAAUUCACGCAGGUGACAGACUUUUAUAAUUAAAAAGAAAAUAUUCCAGCCAAAGAUAGAGAACUCACAAACGUGAGAAAUCUUAAGAGCAUAUAAAUGUAAAAAAUAUCUCAACCAUAGAUAUAAUUCACUGUGCAUUAAAACACAUACGCAUGGAUGAAAUGUUGAAAACCCUUUCUCCAGAUAUCAUAUCUCAUCAGUCAAUAGGUAAUGUAUACCCUAUAAGGAAGCCCUAUGAAUGUAGAAAGUCCUUCACCCAUAGGUCAUCCUUUACUGCAUACCAAAGAAGACGCAUGGGGACAUCUCCAUGAAUGUUGUUUAUGUGCAGAAAACAGGUACUCAAGACAAACGUCCGUGUCCACCUGAAAACUCAAAACUGAGAAACUCUGACUCUAAAUACUGUAGGAAAUAUUUCAGCCAUAAGCCAUCUGUUGCUGUACAUGAAAGAAGUCACAUAGGUGAGUAACCCUAAACACAUAGGUGAGUAUAAUGGAAGCAGGGAACCCUUUAAGAGAUGCCAGGUCUCUUUAUUAAAGAACUUGCACUGCUGAGGAACCCCAAGAGUAUCUACAGGGAAAUGCCUUUUCCAGUAGGCAGUCCGCUCUAAACAUCAGUGACUGGCUGGAAGCACAUGAGUAAUGUAUGUGGGAAACCCUCUUCCUGGAUGUCAGCAGACGUAAUCACCGUGUAUCUGGAAGACCCACAUCUCUAAGUCAGACCUCAGGAGACAUUAGAAUUAGCACAGAGACUGUAAAGCAGGUAAUCAUGUGGGCAGUGUUUCUAAGAAGUUGCUCAGCAGGAAACCAUCCCACAGGUCCCAUGGGCUCCCCAAGGUUUAUUGUCUGUGCUGCACUCAGAAGCCUGUGCUGCACUCAGAAGCCUGUGCUGCACUCAGAAGCCUAUGCUGCACUCAGAAGCCUGUGCUGCACUCAGAAGCCUGUGCUGCACAGUGCAUUUCUGUUUGUGAGCCGUCUGCUAAGCUCAUGGAAUGUAAGUGCACGUGUUCUAUUUAUUUCUAUCCCACUAUCCCCAAAAUCUUACAACAGACUGCACCUGGGUGCCCAUCCAUAGUUGGCCUGAAGUGCACAUAACCUCUAGCAUGUUUGGGAGCCAUGUGGAGAAGGGCACUGUGGCUCAGGAAUACUGUUGGUCCUGAGAGCUGUGAUCCUGCCUGUUUCUGCCGUCUCUCUAGUGUCUGGAAGGGAGAUCUGCACAAUCUGUAAUAGGGCAGGCCCACAGCCAUUAGUUUCCUCUAGGAGGUGGGUGGGACAAAUUCUCUUUUUAGAAAGCUAUCCGGAGAGAGAUCCUUGUUGCCACUCUUCAUUCUCAUGCUGCUUUGUGGGGAGAAGAAAUCCUGAUGAAAUUCCCAUAACUACCGAGUGUUUUUAGUAGGGAUCUUCCACUACACAGAUCAUUGUGUGAACAUUUUUUUUUUUAUGUGAAACCUCUCAACUUCCAGUCAGGUUUCAAAAAUCCUGACCAAGGAAAAUUAUCACUAUGGAAUCUGUACAUUAAUUUUUUAAUGGUAAAUCUCAUAUUCCAGUUUUUCAAAAUCUGCAUGCCAGGAGAUGAAUAUUGGUAAUGCUGCCUAUCGGCGGGCAUCAGUCUCUGUCUGGGGUCAUUUGUGAUGUUGUAACCAGAGUUUGGGAGAAGCCAGUGGCACAUGCAGGGUAUAGCUGACCAGCCUGCGGUGUGUUGGGUAGUACACUCAUGUAUGUAUGGUUCAUGCAUGUGAGUGUGUCAUAUCAUCAUGUUCCAUGAUGAGACUUAGCAGAAGGGACUCUCCAUGGCUUCGUGUUGCAAUGAACAUUGAUAUUUCCUACAGUUGAUGCCAUUCUGGCCUCUUUAUAUCUUCCUACCCUCAGACAUUGUAUUAUAUACCUUAAUCUUGUGUCAUCUAAAUGUGUAUGACAGUUACUACUAGCUCAAGUAAA